UAGUGAUUACAGAAAGUAUGGGAGGACCCGGGCACCUAACAAGGACAAACAUUAGCUCGGACUUCACGCCAUGGCCAACACGACGGUGAAAGGCGCAUUAGCGAUCCAUGGCCAAAAUCCCCAAUUCCUUGUCGAAACUGUCAUCCGCAAUCGAAUUUGGGAGUCCGUCUACUGGAAGGAACAUUGCUUUGCAUUGACGGCGGAGUCCCUCAUCGACAAGGCGAUAGAACUGCGUUACAUCGGGGGUGUCUAUGGCAACCAACAUCCCACUGAAUUUCUGUCUCUGCUCCUUAAACUUCUUCAGAUCCAACCCGAAAAAGAGAUCCUGAUCGAGUAUUUACAGGCAGAUGAGUUCAAGUAUAUGAGAGCGCUAGCUGCAAUGUACAUCCGAAUGACGUUUCGCGCAGUCGAGGUAUACGAGACUCUCGAACCGCUGAUGAAAGACUAUCGGAAACUGCGCUAUCGCGAUAUGGCGGGAUACUCACUAAUCUUUUUCGACGAGUUUAUUUACCAGCUGCUCAGCGAAGAGCGUGUAUGUGAUAUCAUCUUACCUCGCUUGCCGAAGCGGCAAAUAUUGGAAGAAAGUGGAGAACUUGGGCCACGCAAAAGUCGGCUGUUAGAGGCCAUGGAGGGCAAGAGUGAUCAUGGGGGCAGUGACCGCAGUCGAAGCUCCAGUCGUAGUCGCACCACGGACAGGAGCAGGAGCAGGAGCAGGAGCAGGAGCAGGACUAGCGAUCGGUCUCAAAGUUCAAGUGUAUAUCAUUCCAGGAGUCCAAGCGAGGCAGGUUCGAGAAGUGGUUCGCCGUCUGCCAACAGGUUUGUUUCACGCAGCCCAUCUCGGUCGCCCUCACCUCGUAAUAUGUCACCUGACGGAAUGGAAUUAUAAUGUAUCACCUAUAUAUUAUCUGUGUCGUAAUUCUCUAUGCAGAUGCAGUAUUCUCGGCUGG